GCGACACCAUUGCUAUAUAAUCUGUGUUUAUGAGUGACAGAAUCGUCGAAACAAUGAAUCUGAAGUUGAAUAAUGAUAUCAAAGGCUCGCCAGCACCUCAGAAAUCAUCAGAUUCUCUUGUGAAGGAUGACCAGAAAGCCAAGCGGUCUCAACGGGAGGAAGAGCGGCGCCGAACUGGCCGGUACAUGGCCAUUCUGGUGGGAAUAUCUCUCUUCAUACUUGCGCUGUACCACGCCUGGGUGCGUCGCAUCCCCAUAGUCGCCAGCCUUGUGGUGCCAGCUCUCAUCAUGUUUGUGUACGUCGCCUGGAUCCUCUACACAGCCUCCAGGGAAAAACACAGGUUUCGUCUGUUCGACGUAGAGGUGGGGCAGGCAGGAGACGAAGCCGAAGGCGACGUGGCUAUAUCGGAGCUAAAUCAAAACAACAUCGACGUCACUGUUAUGUCUGGGAAAGAUUCCACUUCAAGCCCUGAAGAAACAAACUGGACAGAAAUAUCAACAGCACUUAUGAAGGGAGAUAAAAAUUCCCGAACAGAAGUUGAACUCAAUCGACUUCCUAUCAUCUUAGUAAAUGACAAACCGCCAGAAGAUUUGGACCAAAAAUGGCGGAAUAUUAUAGAACUGUCCAAUAACGAUAAACUAAAGGUUUUUCAUACUAGGAGAAGAUAUAAGAGGAAAUUCUGUAGGACGAGAAGAUACGCUGCCUUCAAAAGGUCAUACUCCAUUGGUUAGGGUUAUUUAAGAUAUUGUACAUAAUUGUAUGUAUCUCGUAGGUAUAUUACUGUGAUUGAGUAUUUUUAAGUGGGACAAGGAACUGCCUUAUGUACUAGGUGUAUAGCUAUAGUAAUAGAUACCUAUAAAUGAGCUUCUAAAUGCUACUAAACAGCUUUUAUGUUUGUCGUUGCGUUGUCGAAUUUUAUCAAAGGCCUGUUCCACAAUGUCUGAUUAAGUUUUUAUUUCUCUGACCGACGUAUAAUAGGGAUGAUGACAGGAU